AUGGGCGGCCACGACCACUACCGCAGGCCCAGUGUGAUCGUUGUCGAGGCGAAACGGACUACGACGAAAAAGCCGUCCCGCUCACGGCCGUCCCAGCAGUCACGCCGUGAUGAACCCUCUCGUGCUCCUGCUGGCUUCGUCAAACUAGGCGACUCUGGCCAGGACGAGUGCUACAGGAACGGCUACGGCGUAUACGCGCUCACGAAGAAGCUGCUCGCGAGUGCCAGGCUGCCGUCGGACAGGGUCAUCUUGACGGGUCGUGCCGGUCUGUCCGCUUUUUUGCGAGCGUUCUCCCAGCACAUUGACACGCCGCUCUACUGCGUGGCUCAGACGGGCUUCUCGAUCGUCCUUGACGAGCUCAUCCCGAAGACGACUGUGCACGCGAUUCUCAACUCCAGCCAUGCUGUCUGCAUCCUUCACGGCUUGUGCGCGGAUGAGCGACCAGAGUAUCGCAUCACGGAGGCCCGGUACGCUCACGACCACGCAGACCAAAUCAUGUCCGGCUGCCUGAAUAUCGCCCUCGGCUCAGCUUCCAGGAAUAUCGUGAUGAGUGUUGCGGGGCAUCUACCUCGGCGAGACCUUCUCGCCCGAAGCGAUGCUGUUCGACCACCCUCACGACUGCGACGCUCUCUCGAGCCGCUACUGCCAAAUUUCCGUACCUUGGUACGGUUGCGACUCGCGAAUUCCGCCGAACAUCAAGACACGCACGCCGCCCAUCUUCCUUCUCAUGUACCUCUCCACCUUCUCGACCUCGACGCCACUACAUUCGUAAUUCCUCUGAAGCACCUCUCCCCGAGCGACCUCCGUACUUGCUUUGCGACCGGCGCAGUCGACUUUUUCUGCUUCUGGCCGCUCGUCCCGCUGUUCUACCUCCGCAUGAAGUUGGGGGACACUCGCCAGUUCGACGUCCUCAGGAAGGCGAGGCUUGACCAUACGAGCUUUGCGGAAGUCGGCAAGAUGGUCUCGCCUCGAGUGGUAGCCGAGCUGCUUGGCUUCACUCGCGUUCUCGUCGAUCUCGACAAGGAGGACAUCGUCGCGAGCGCCGCCACGAGAUGGGCGGAGGGGACAUUCAGGUUGACGAUACAUGAGGCCGAGCGAUGGAAGCUCUUCGUACGGUACACCAUCAGCUGGGCUGAACACAUGCUCGAGGUCAUGUUGGGCGAGCCCGAGUCUCCUCCCAGCGAGUUCCACCCCCCUCACCGCGACGAGCCGUCUCGCGGCCAUGAUGAUCCUCUCCCCCGUUCCCGCUCAACUCGUUCCGCACGCCCUACCUCAAGACAUGCUUUGCCACCGUCUGUCGAUGGUCCUUACUACUCGGAUCCCUCCUCUGACGAAGACAGCCGGGAUGGCUCAUCGACGGAUGAAGACGUCUACAACUUGCCGCCGCUCCGCACCAAUGCGCGACCAAGCAGGACGAAGGAGGACCCGCAGAUUAGCCGUCGAUUCGCUGGCAUCCCUGCCCCUCAGCCCUACACGCCUUCGGGCGAAGACGAGGCUUCGAGGUCAACGAGGAGGAAGAAGACGGACAAGUCGUCGAGCAAGUCGCCCGCGACGUUCUUCGGCGUGCCCAUCGUUCGCGACAAAUACAGACCGAAACGUCACGACUCUGGCCGACGAUAG